AUGAAGUUCACUCAAGCUAUCGUUUCUGCCGUCUUGGCCACCAGCUUCGUCACUGCCGCUGUCCUUCCAGCUCGCAACAUCAUUGUUUCCGAGCCCGAGGCUGCCAACAAGCGCAACAUCAUCGUCUCUGAGCCCGAGGCUGAGAAGAAGCGCAACAUCAUUGUUUCCGAGCCCGAGACUGUCACCUCCAAGCGUAACAUUAUCGUCUCUGAGCCCGAGGCCGCCGAAAAGCGUAACAUCAUUGUUUCCGAGCCCGAGGCUGCCAACAAGCGCAACAUCAUCGUCUCUGAGCCUGAAGCUGCCGAGGCCAAGCGCAACAUUAUUGUGUCUGAGCCUGAGGUUGCUGAAUCCAAGCGUAACAUUAUUGUUUCCGAGCCCGAGACCGCCAAUGCCAAGCGCAACAUCAUCGUGUCUGAGCCCGAGACCAGCGCUUAA